AUGGCACACGGUGUUGGCGAGGUAGUGAGUGAGAGUAAUAGUUCAGUAAAGAAAGUGAACAACACUUCGAUGCGAAAUCACAAUAAUGCACCGAAGAAGAUCGUUGGCGUUAUGGGUAGUCGACGUAUAUUCGCUGCAGCGUUCAAACUCAAAGUUUUAGACUCCUAUCGUAGUGACAUUGAAUGUCGUGGUAAUCAACGUGCAACAGCACGGAAAUAUGGAAUACACAGGAGACAAAUACAAAAGUGGUUGCAAUGUGAAAAAAAUUUAAGGAGCAAUUGUACUAACAAUGCAAAUGGAAAUGGAGUGAUUGUUAGUAAAAGUUUCGAAUCUAUUUCAACUGUUGAUAGAAAUGGCAUAAAUAUAAUUAAUACAUCAGUAUCAAAAAUUGAUGAGCCAAUAGUGGUGACAACAUCGUCCGGUAAGACUGCAGCAGCCCCAGUGGCGGCGGCAUCAGCAGCGGCCUUGAACCUUAGUCUCGCCAGACUGCACGGCGAUGAGUUGACUGCUCGGCAAGGGCUUCCAGCUCAUUCUUCAUCGCAUCACGGCUCGACCACAUCAGUGCAAUACACACAGCACACUCUAGCAAACACUUUGCCCAUGCAUACUUUAUUGAUGGGUUACACCGAAUACUCUGGUGAGGAUCUACACCUACAUCAUGAACACCAUCUGCCUCACCAUCGCUUAGAAGACAAUCGUAUCCACGACUAUAAAAUUAACUCUCCUGAUUCCCCAACAGAACGUAAAUACGAUGUCGUAAAUCAUUCAACAUAUGAGCAAUCAAUAUCCGAUUAUCUUGGCAGAAGUAAUGCUCCAGUGUAUCUUCAACCGAACCGGGCAUCCUAUCUGACCAGUCUUGGUCCCUGCACAUACUAUUGCACUGUCAACAAGCAUCAGCGAAUUCUCGAGAGCAACAUCUAUCAGUCUUGCAGUCAUAUAUCACCACCACUAGCUCCUCUAUCCAUCUCUCCACCACAGUCUCACUCUCAUCUGAAUGAUGUGGACUCGCCCGGAGACGAGUGUCUUGCACCAGCAAUAAAGAUGGAACGUGCUAGCCCAGACUCCCUGGCGACCCCAGUGUCAUGCGACGAGGCACCAAACUCUCCCGGUGCCACUACUACCACAACGCCUAUGUGUACAAUCAACAAUCACACAUACACUCCAACCAGUGGAAUUGCCACGCACACCUUUGCGGCCGAAGACAUUCAUUUCCAGACCCCAAGACGCAUCAGCCCAGGGACACAUGUACACCUAUGCGUUGACGCACAGACGUCCAUGGAUUUUAAGGAAAAGGAGUAUCAUAGUAAGUUAAUGUAUAUUGAAAGAGAAGACGGCGAGACGAUAAUGAUGAAAGAUGAAGAAUCAGAUAUGUACGUGCCAUCCGAAGAAAAUGUGGAAGGGCAAAAGGAAAACUGUGUAACCAGUAACAAUAGAAACGAAUCUAUCUACAAUAUAGUUUCUGGAGUAAAGUACGAUACCUCAGCAGUGCCGUUGUUGCAAAGCAACAGCGAGAUAGGUUCAGGUACUUCGAGUCCUGUGAGACAUUCGAAUUACUCAAAUCCAUUGAGUUCAAAAGGCACAGCUGGUAUUUGUUGCAGAUCUAUCAGCAGUUGUUCAGAUGGUGAAAUAGAUCCGACGGAUUAUUCACCAAGCCAUCAAAAUCAUAAUGGGGAUUCAUCUCGACGGCGAUCGUUCUCUCUUCGAUUUAAACUUGACGUCCUAGAUGCUUUUCAUGGAGAUGCAGUCGUGGCUAGGAAUCAACGAGCUACUGCUAGAAAAUUUGGUAUAAAUCGAAGACAAGUUCAAAAAUGGUUGGGCCAGGAGAUAGAACUAAGGGGUGAGAUCGCCCUACGUGGAGGAGACUUGCGACAACGUCUAGGGCCGCUCCAGGAACUCUCUGAAUCCGCUAUUGAUCUUAGAACUAGUUCCCAUAGCCGCAGUGAUAUCGAGAUGGUCUCUUCAUCAUCUCUCUACUGCUGUGCCGCAUCCUCACAGAGAUUCAACUACUAUCCAUCCAUUUCAGUGGACUGCGAGGGUUCACAGAAUACUUGCACAGCUUCCUGUUGUACAAAAAAUCUCACAUCUUCAGUCACAUCAUGCUACUCCGAAUUAAAACGGACCUGCUAUCCAGAGUCACAAAGAAGUUAUUACUGCUACUCUCCUAACCAUGCAAUCGACACCAGUAUUUCAAAAGGCUUGCAAAUGAAUUCAUCGCCAUCAAAACAAACUGUUUGCACUUUCAGUAUCUGCUACGAUGCUCCAUCCUCUCAAAGUUCCUGUGCCGCAUCAACGGAUAUAGAGUGGGACAAAGACGUCUGUCAAGAUCAACCGCUGCAGGAGGCGCCACUCUGUCUAGUAAAGGAAAAAUACUUGAACACACCAUCUCCCCUACAGACUGAACGUGUUACGAGCACUGUACGUACACCCCCAGCACCUGCUGUUUUUGCACCAUCAUCUAAGAAAGAUGCAAUUCUAUUUAAACCAUAUCUCGAUAAUCCUGUUAAAAAAUCAACUGAUGACAGACCUAACUAUCAACGCUAUAAUCUAUCCACUCUCAACAGCCAUCAGAAUGUAACUGUGAACAACAAUAACUGCGGCGGCAUUUGCAAUUUCAACGACGAGCCGGGUCACGAUUAUGCUGUUGAGCUCAGCCUGCGUGUACCUGUUUCUUGGCAUGCGCCGUCACAUAUCACCGAGUUCCCCGAACCUAUUCCUAGCGCUUUUGCAAGGUAUUCUGCAAUUCCACAUUUCAUUUAA